AUAUAUAUACAUAUACAUAUACAUAUGUCUAUAUCUAUUUUAAAUGUACUAAAUUAAAGAACGCCAGACUAACGUCCCGACAGAUUCACAACGCCUGAAAGCUUUAUAAAAAAGAAAAUUACGCACUUUGGAUCGUAUCAUUCGGACAAACUAGUUUUUUUAUGCACUUCUUCGGGAGCCGAAUGCGCUUCGGUACUGUACGGCUUCUUUACAAACUAGCACUUUAAACUUGGGGAAAUAGCGGCGUGGCUAGCAAGCAUAGAGACCCGUACUCAUCGUAAUAUUUUAUAUUUCCAGAAUUUUAGGACUACAAAACAGUAUAGAACGUGAUGUGAGCAGUUUGUGAAAGUUUCGCGAAGUGCCAGAACUACUUCUGACUGGUGGUGUAGACGAGCAGCUGGUAAACCUGUCGGAGCUAAGUCGUGAACUUCACUUGAGCAAUAACCCGACUAACUAGUUCGGGUAGUUUUGUACACCGUGUCCUUUUUUUUCAAACCUUACAGCUUGGAAGGAGGGGGAGAAAUGCGACUGCGAAGGGACCAUCAUUAAUGUAAUUAUCUGGGCUAAGUUAUCCGACGGCUUGAAAUUGGGACCGGGGACUUUCAGCGCGCGGCCUGCUGGUCAGGCUUUCGCCGCAUUAAAUUUGCCAGCUCACGCCGCUGCGGGGAGCGCGCAGUCCGGCCGCGCGCCUGAAUCGUGCGCCGCCCCGCCGACGAGCCAUGGAGAGAAUGGAAGUGGACCAAUGCGCAGGCGCAGCUGGAAGCAACGGGGGCGGGGUUUUGCGGCGGUCUAACAGCGCCCCCAUGAUCACCAGUGUCAGUGACGGAAUGACAGUGUUCAGCUCUAACACUUCGGCCCGGUAUCGUCGGAGCAGUGUGUCUGUAAACCCAAGCUGCCCCUCUAGAACCCUGGCUUUUUCUCCGUUCUCCUUGUACGGUGAGAGACCGGAUCAUAGGUGGCAGAUGGAAAAUAUGGAACUCACUCUAAGAGAAAGUUCACAGAGACUAAGUGCCUCUGCGACAGUCCCCUCUCCUCCUCCAACUCCCUGGCACAGGCAUCUAUCACCAGACUUCCAUUCCCAAGACUCAGGAGUAACUCCUAAUUCUUCCCCCAGCCCAACAAGAAGGUUCAGGGGGGGUCCUGUAAGUUCAUCUGUGAGAUGGCCAGUGGUCACACCUUUAAAAAGAAAAGGUGGCGUAGAAUCAGACGGUCCCCCUAAAAAGCUCUUUGUUGCUGGAGUUACAGAUCCUGCCCACAUUACUAGUUGCACUGUCAGUGUUUCCCAGUCAGCGGACUCGCCCUCAAGUGCUGCAUGUCCGAGCCCUCAGAACAUCGCACUCUCGCUGUCUCCUCCCUCGCCGUUUACAUCCCAGCACCCCAGCAUCUAAACCACAUCAGUUCACCCGGCAGAGUAAGAACGUUUCUGUCUUUCCUGACCCAUGUCCCGAGAUCAGCUCUUCAUCUCGUUUCUCGGUGCUUUAAGGAAUGUAUUUGGUUCCACGUUAUUUUGCAGAAUACAUUCAAGGAAAGUUUUAUGGUAAUGAAAGAAAAUGUCUAGGUGGCAGGAACGAUGCAUUGUUCACAGUUCACUUGCACCAGGACAAGGUUUUCCCUUGCAUUCGAAAAAUAGGAUUUACACUCGCAUUCAUGACAGUGUUUUCGAGAGCGCAUUCAGGUCGCUAUUUACACAUAUGGAUUUCUUGUAAGCAUGCAAAUAGACACGUUUUGCCUUUACAAAUCUCAUCCAUCAGCUAUUGAGGUGUUCGGAAAAAGAAUAUUUAAACAUUAUUGAUUAUAUCAGUAGCCUGUUCAGGCCACAAGUGUAUGCAUUCAUUUUCUGUAUGUUUUACAGGGUCAUUUUCAUUUUAUUACAUUUUUUUCGUGUAAUUUUUGCAUAAAAACUUUUCAGCAAUCCUUGAAAUAACAAUAGCAGGCUCUUACAUUGUAUUAUAUUUUAGGGGUUUAAUUCCACACCAAGCUGCCACUCCUGGGCCCCUGAGCAAGACCCUAACCCCACAGCUGCUCAGCUGUAUAAAAAUGAGAUAAAUCCAAGGCACCUUUCCAAAUGCUGUUAAUGUAAAUUUUAUAUCCGGGUAGUCCCUGAAUUACGAUGGAGAUGAGUUACAAUGACAUCAUAGUUUUAAAAUAAUCAUAGGCCUACUAGCAUACCCAGGAGUCUUAAAGAAUAUUGAUCAGUAUGGGGUAGUAUACUUCCUAAUUUAACAAAUUACAGUACAUAAUUUGGCAAAGCAGGGACAUACACAGUAUCGUAAGGUAUAAACUUCACAGUAUAUACAGUGAUGUGAAAAAGUGUUUGCCCCCUUCCUGAUUUCUUUUUUGCAUGUUUUUCCACACUUGAAUGUUUCAGAUAAUCAAACUAAUUUAAAUAUUAGUAAAU